AAAUUACUAAGCAGAUCAGUUGUGCUACUCGACUGCGUCCUUGCCUCCUGGGAAGUCAUUGACGGUCGCUUGAGUUGUCGACUCGUUGUCCUCGACUGUGGUGGCUUAAUAUUUCUUCUCCUCUUCGUCGUCUAAUUAUUGCAGAGAGUUUUGCGAAGGCAAAAGCAUAUCAAGAGCGCUGAUUCAGGGAGUAGUCUGGGUUAUUGAAUCAGAUAAAAUUUCUAAAAUUUGGCUUUUGGAGAAGGUACCCAGAGAACAAAAGAGGAAAAGGGAGUAUUUUGAGGUCUCACCUACUCGAAAUAUGUCUGUAAAGAGGUAAGUGACAGUUGAAUUCAAGGAUGGAGAAAGGGAAGAAGCAAGUGCGUCUCUUCUACUGCGUAGAGUGCGAAGAGCUUGCCCACAAAAUCGCCAAACAGUCCGAGCUUAUCACUCUACAGUCAAUCAAUUGGAGGAGCUUUGAUGAUGGAUUUCCAAAUCUCUAUAUAAACAAUGCAGAGGAUAUCCGAGGUCAACAUGUUGCUUUUCUUGCAUCCUUUAGUUCCCCGGGAGUUAUAUUUGAACAGCUUUCCGUCAUAUAUGCCCUCCCACGUCUUUUCGUGGCUUCGUUCACAUUGAUUUUGCCUUUCUUUCCUACCGGCUCCUUUGAACGAAUGGAAGAAGAAGGAGAUGUAGCAACUGCAUUUACCAUGGCAAGAAUAUUGUCCAAUAUUCCCAUAUCAAGGGGUGGCCCAACUAGUCUAGUCAUCUACGACAUACAUGCUUUACAGGAAAGAUUCUACUUUGGAGACCAUGUCUUGCCUCUAUUUGAGACUGGGAUUCCUCUGUUAAAGCAACGGCUUCACCAGCUGCCUGAUGCUGAUAAAGUAAUUGUUGCAUUUCCUGAUGAUGGAGCUUGGAAGAGGUUCCACAAGCUGUUGGAUCAUUUUCCAACGGUUGUGUGUACAAAGGUUCGCGAAGGUGAUAAGAGGAUAGUCCGGCUGAAGGAGGGAAAUCCUGCUGGUUGUCACGUUGUUAUCGUUGAUGAUUUGGUACAAUCUGGUGGAACCCUUAUUGAAUGCCAGUUGAGAUCUGAUGAGGAUGUAAGAGAUUUUAGUCGGGGUAUUUCGAGUCCCAAAAGCCCAUGUUGGAUAUAUGGCAAAUGGCUCAAUACUAUAUGUAAAGUGUUGGCAGCUCAUGGUGCUGCAAAGGUGAGUGCUUAUGUUACCCAUGGCGUGUUUCCCAAGCGUUCUUGGGAGCGGUUCCUUCACAAUGGCUCGGAGAAGGCAUUUGAAUACUUUUGGAUCACUGAUUCUUGUCCUCAUACGGUCAAGGCAAUAGCAAAUAAAGCUCCUUUUGAAGUUCUGAGUCUUGCUGGAUCCAUUGCCAAUGCUCUACAAAUUUGAGGGAAUUUUUUUAGGCUUUCAAUAUGGUAACUUGUUCACACGUUCUUGGGGAAAUUUUCUUUGCAUCGCGUUCUGUUUUUGAAAACCACUAAUCAUUCCAGCGAAGUAUGUAUUGUUAGACCUCCUCCUUUUUAUUGCACUGAAGAAAGUAGUUGUUGUGAUGUUUGAAUGUGAUACUUCACGACCUAACACGACAAUCCUUUUACAAUAAAGGAAAAAGGAAACCACAGCACAGCAGUUUUAAUAGACUGGUUAGUAUUAAUGGUUUUUUUUUCCCUCUCAGAAA